CGUCAUCGCCAUCGUGGGUAUAGUUGUCGUCGUCAUCAAGUAAAAAGUAUCUGUAUACAUCUCGUCUAGUCGCGUAGCGUCGUGUCCUCGCAGUAAAAAUGGCGACUGAGGAUAUUGACCGUGCUAAGGUUCGAUAUGGCUUCCGAGUUGAAAUAUCAAAUUAAUCCAAAGAUGUUGGUUCUCUCUUGGGUUUUUGUAACUGUACAUCCAUAUUAAAUUGAAUGUAUGAUGCGUACUCUCAAGUUAGCUGGCCACGUUGGAUUCGAUAGUCUACCCAGUCAGUUGGUGAAUAAAUCAGUGCAAAAUGGAUUUUUAUUUAACAUUCUUUGCAUCGGUGAAACUGGACUUGGAAAAUCCACGCUUAUGGAUUCUCUCUUUAACACAAGUUUUGAAUCUAGUCCCAGUCCUCAUAAUUUACCAUCUGUAAAACUCAAGGCGCACACUUAUGAACUACAAGAGAGUAAUGUUAGACUGAAGUUAACUAUCGUCGACACAGUUGGUUAUGGCGAUCAAAUCAACAAAGAAGAUAGUUUUAAGGCUGUUGUCGAUUAUAUAGAUGCGCAGUUCGAAGCAUACUUGCAAGAAGAAUUGAAGAUCAAACGCUCACUGUCGACUUAUCACGACAGUCGUAUCCAUGUUUGCCUUUAUUUUAUAUGUCCCACUGGUCACGGCUUAAAGUCCAUUGAUUUAGUAUGCAUGAAGAAACUUGAUACUAAAGUUAAUAUCAUUCCAAUUAUCGCUAAGGCAGAUACAAUAUCCAAGACUGAAUUACAAAAGUUUAAAAGCAAAAUAAUAUCUGAGUUGCAAAACAACGGAAUACAUAUUUAUCAGUUUCCCACUGAUGAUGAGAGUGUGUCGGAAGUAAAUGCUACCAUGAAUACUCAUGUACCAUUUGCUGUAGUCGGCAGUACUGAUUUCGUCCGAGUCGGCAACAAAAUGAUGCGCUCUCGUCAAUAUCCGUGGGGUACAGUUCAAGUCGAAAACGAAUCCCAUUGUGAUUUUGUAAAAUUACGUGAGAUGCUAAUAAGCACAAAUAUGGAAGAUAUGCGUGAGAAAACGCAUUGCCGUCAUUAUGAACUUUAUCGCAAAAAGAGAUUGGAGCAGAUGGGUUUCAGCGAUGUUGAUAGCGAUAACAAACCGGUAAGCUUUCAACAGACGUGUGAAGCGAAGAGAUCCAUUCAUUUGCAAGAAUUGCAACAAAAAGAGGAUGAAAUGCGGCAGAUGUUUGUCGCUCGUGUGAAGGAAAAAGAAGCUGAACUAAAAGAAGCGGAGAAGGAGCUUCAUAGUAAAUUUGACAAGUUGAAGAAGGAUCAUACAGAAGAAAAGAAAAAGCUAGAGGACAGUCGUAAGAAACUUGAAGAUGAUAUAUUGGAAUUUAAUAGACGAAAGGCACAAUUUGCACAACAACCGCAACACCACACGUUGACGUUAGGCAAAAGCAAAAAAAAGUGAAGAAUAUCGAUCAGAAAGAUAUCUUUUUAUACCAUUCAAACAUGACUAUGCAUUUUAUUUGCAUCAUUCAUUUAAAAGUAUUGUUAUUUUAAUUAUCGUACAUCUGAUUAUAUAAUAUUUUAUUUUUUACUGUACUAUUUUAUUAUACUAUUUUAUUUUAUCAUAGUACUCAAUUACCAAAAGUUUACCUAAGCAUGCGCGAAAAAGUCUUGCUUAAAAUCAAGUAGGACUUGUAUUAAGUAGAAAUAAUAUCCGUGGAAAAAGAAUAUAACCAAAUUUUUACUUA